UCAACUUUUAGGUCAUAAUCUCUAUAGGACUCUUCACCAUAUGGAAAAUGGUGAAGCAUAAAUAUUGGUGCUUGGAGAAGAGUAGAAUACAAGAACAUAUAACUUAGAAUUAUCAUUUGAUUUUCCUUGCUAUAACUAGUUUGCUUCUGAUAUACACAUAUUGUGAUUUAUUUAAUUUUAGGGGUCCUUAAAUCUUGAGAGCAGCAGUUAGGGGAGAGGUGGAGUUUUCCGGCUUGUCCUUAAACCGUGUGUUUCGACGCAAAUAACCUUUUUGGCUGGCCGGAAGUCCUUCAUGAGAUAAAAGAAAAAAUGCCUUCAUCUCCUGACAAUACUACUGCUGCUGCUCCUGGCUCUCCACCGUCACGGUCAUCAAAUUCUUCAGCAUCGUCAUCAUCCCCGCCACCUUCAUCCUCACAUUCACCCCCACCACCAUCGAGCGAUUCUCGUCAUCCUCCACCACCACCAUCUCAUCAUAAUAGUAGCCACAGCCGUGCUUCACCACCUCCACCACAUAAAGCAUCAUCAUCAUCAUCAUCACACAAAUCAUCAUCAUCAUCAUCACAUUCAUCACGUUCAUCUUCCUCAAACGACAGCGGCCUAAGUCAAGAUCAGAUAAAGAUUAUAGUCGGAGUAUCAGUGGGGAUUGGAUUAUUGCUUGCUUUUCUGAUCAUCUGUGCAACAACAAUGUGCAGGAAGAAGAAGAAGAGAAAGCAUGAGCAUGUGCAGUAUUAUGGAGACUAUCAAGGAGGUAGUGAUCAAUAUUACCACAGCUCAGUCCACCAAAACUGGAGCAUGCCACCAGGUCAAAUGGCAUCAUCACCAGCUAGUGGCUGGCAUGGACCUCCUCCGCCUCCCCAGAUGAUGAUGAGCGGUGAUAUGAGCUCUAAUUUUUCGGGUCCACACCUUCCUCCUUUGCCUCCUCCGUCACCAAAUGUUGCUCUUGGGUUCAACAAAAGUACCUUCACAUAUGAUGAGCUUGCAGCAGCUACAGGAGGGUUUGCUCAGGCCAAUUUAUUGGGUCAGGGAGGAUUUGGUUUUGUGCACAAGGGUGUGUUACCUAAUGGAAAGGAAAUUGCUGUUAAGAGCCUCAAGUCUGGCAGUGGACAGGGAGAGAGAGAAUUCCAGGCUGAAGUUGAGAUCAUUAGCCGUGUCCAUCACCGCCAUCUGGUGUCCCUUGUUGGAUAUUGUAUUGCUGGAGGGCAGCGAAUGUUGGUCUAUGAAUUUGUUCCCAAUAAGACCUUGGAAUAUCACCUCUAUGGAAAGGGUCUUCCUGUGAUGGAUUGGCCAACAAGGCUCCGUAUUGCAUUAGGCUCUGCCAAGGGGCUCGCUUACCUCCAUGAAGAUUGUCAUCCUCGAAUUAUUCAUCGGGAUAUCAAAGCUGCUAAUAUUCUCCUUGACUUCAACUUUGAAGCUAUGGUGGCUGAUUUUGGAUUGGCUAAGCUGUCUUCUGACAAUUACACUCAUGUCUCUACCCGUGUCAUGGGGACAUUCGGGUAUUUGGCUCCAGAGUACGCAUCAAGUGGAAAGUUGACGGAGAAAUCAGAUGUUUUCUCAUUUGGGGUCAUGCUUUUGGAACUCAUAACUGGAAAGAGACCUGUGGAUCCUACAAAUGCAAUGGAAGAUAGCUUAGUGGACUGGGCUCGACCACUUCUAAGUCGCUCAUUGGAGGAUGGCAACUAUAGUGAGUUGGUCGAUUUGCGCUUGAACAAUAACUUCAACCAUGAAGAGAUGCAGCACAUGGUUGCUUGUGCUGCUGCCAGCAUUCGCCAUUCUGCUAGAAAGCGCCCGAAAAUGAGUCAGAUAGUCCGUGCCUUGGAAGGAGAUGUUUUACUGGAUGACUUAAACGAGGGAGCGAAGCCUGGUCACAGUUCUGCGUUCAGUAGUUCAAAUGGAAGUUCAGACUACGAUUCAAGUUCAUAUAAUACAGAUAUGAAGAAGUUUAGGCAACUCCAGAGAGAUGUCCCUUGUGGGACGCAAGAACAAUUUAUAAGCAGGCAGCGUAUAAGCAUUUAG